ACCUAACCUUUUUAUCAUCGAUCUCUUUUUCUCUGUUUUUUUUCCCUUCUGCGAAACAAAUGUCUCACUUUGGAAGGUCAGGCCCUCCCGAUAUCUCCGACACCUACUCUCUUCUCAUCCUCAACAUCACCUUCCGAACCACCGCUGAUGAUUUGUUUCCGUUGUUCGACAAGUACGGGAAAGUCGUUGACAUCUUCAUCCCCAAAGAUCGAAGGACUGGCGAUUCUCGAGGCUUUGCAUUUGUGCGAUAUAAAUAUGCUGACGAGGCUCAGAAAGCUGUGGAUAGGCUCGAUGGGAGAGUCGUUGAUGGUCGGGAGAUAACAGUUCAGUUUGCAAAAUAUGGGCCUAAUGCAGAGAGGAUUCAUAAAGGAAAGGUUAUUGAACCAGUUUCAAGGUCAAGAUACAGGUCGAGAAGUCGCAGCCCUCGCAGAAGGCAUCGGGAUGAUUAUUACAGAGACAGGGAUUAUAGUAAAAGAAGUCGUAGUAGGAGUUCUGACCGGUAUGAACGUGAUCGAUAUCGUGGGAAAGACAGAGACUAUCGGCGUCGAAGCAGGAGCCGGAGUGCAAGUCCUGACUAUUCUAAAGGACAAGGAAGAGGGCGCUAUGAUGAUGAUCGACGGAGUGGCAGUCGAUCAAUGAGUGCUUCACCUGCUCGCCGCAGCCCUAGUCCUCGGAAGAGUCUUUACCCACGCAAGGCAUCUUAUCCCAGGGUUGAAAGUCCUGACAGACGCAGCCGUGGCAGAGGAUCUCCAAGUCCUCGAAGUGUUUCACCAAGGGGCCGUCUUGCUGAUUCCCGUAGCCCAUCUCCUCGGAACUCUGAUGUUGAUGAAUGAUCUUACGGAUGGAUUACUCGAGACUUUAAAUAGCAUAUUUCUUGUUGCUAUCUUGCUAGUCUUGUGGACAUUCACAUGUGUUUCACAGCAUUGGUAGGACUUUUAUGUUUUUAAUUGUCCUGAACCUUCUUUCUCCAUUACCUAAGCAGCAGUGUCUAGGUAUCUAAACUUAUGUAGUUUCGAGCUUGGUGUUUCAGUAUCGACCAAAGAGUUUGUGAUGUAAGCUUGUUAUUUUUUCUUCUUGUUUCCCAAACUAAUCUCAUGGAACCACUUUAUUGAAAUGUUCCUGGUCUUCUCUUUCUUUCUAGUUAUUGUGUUUUCUAUAUUCUAUGAAUGCUGAUUCAUCUCAAACCAUCUGUUGGGUUUUAUAGCAAUGUUCGGGAAAAGAGUGGCCUGAGAAAAUGGACAUGAUGUUGAUGUUGUGGCUGUUGAUGCUGUUUAUGUCUGUAGAUGAGUGAUCGUGAUUGUGAUGCUGGUGUAUGCUGAUUGCAGGGACAAUCUGUUAAGUAUUUUUUAAACUGAUAUGAUACUCGGUGAGACCUGUAGUAUUAAGUUUUGAUUUUUAGAAUGCCUCUGCAUCAUUCAGGUGUUUGUUUUUCCCUUUCGGCUAUCCCCUGGGGCUAUCCCCCGGAUUUACUCCUUUCGAAAAUCAGCACAGAGGUUUAGUUGAAUGCUAUGCAUGAGACCUGAUGCUGAUUCUAGUAGAGAAUGUACACUGUGUUGAUCUGAACCUUGCAGCUACAGUCAUCCAAGGAAAUAACCUUUUUGUGCCCCUCUGUAACUGUUGCAUUUGCAUAUUCCGUUAUGUUUAAUUGUACCCUAAUAUUUUUGAGAUGUAGAGAAGCUGGCCAUGACUGUAGCUGUGAAGUGGUGGUGGUGGUGGUGGUUAUUCUAGUUUGUUGUAUGGUACACAUGGGUCGUCGUGUUUAACCGUAGGCUACCAACAAAAAACCUGUAGCAGGCUGUUGCGGCUGUUCGAGUAACAUUGAUUAUGGACUUAGCGUUUGCCUAGCUUUCCUGUUGGUCUGCUCGAAGGCAACGAUUUCUUUGGGGUCAUGUCAGUUUUAUACUAUUUAUCUGUCGUUUUCGUUUUAUCUGUCCCAAAAUGAAAAAAAAAAAUCGUUAUUUGGAUCCCUCGAGAGGAGAACAUGGUGGCUGACGGAAUGGCCAAGCUUGAUUUCCACAAAGAUUAUCAGAUGCGUACGUUCAUGCUUGACGCCAUCAGACCAAGAGUUGACCGUGAUAUCAGGUGCCCCCUUAUGCUAAGUUUGUAACCAGCUAAUAGGCUUUGCCCAUCUUUUCUAUUCAAAAAAAAAAAUCGUUUGCAACUGUUAUAGUACUGAUUGUUCUCUAAAACAGAUCGCUGUUUGCUAAUCUGUUGUAGUAUUUGUGGUCUUGGUAAAAAGAAAUAUUAUUUCUUUUUAG